GGGAAAAAGCUCCAACAGGCACCGAGACGCGGGGGGGCCGGACACGCGGUUCUCUGCUUGAUGUUUAACUCGGGGGGACUCAGCCAACUUUAAAGUUAACGUGUAACUCCAAGUUUGUUGAUUUAUUUUGUUUCGCAGCGAACAGGAGUCCGUGGCGCCUCCUUAAAUAAGUGCUGGCACCUCACAGAGGGUUCAGAGUGGUGGGCGGGGACAGAACCCCUUUGGAGAGAGAGGAAAAAAACUAAAAAAAAAAAAUCACGUGUUUGGAGAUCAAAGGAGAUCCGCUUUGUAGAAGAGGAGGAGGAGGAGGAGGGUGAGAAAGAAAGAAAGAAAGAAAGAGGGAGGGAGGAGAGCCAAGCGUUUGAGGCAGUGUAAAUGACAAGAAGGCUCUCAGUGGUGAAACAAACACGCUUCAUCUCGGGCUCCGGAUUUUUUUAUUUUAUUUUUUUAUUUUUAUUUUUUAUUGCACAAACCGGGUUCCUUUGAAGCUCCACCUGACUUCAUUAUUCCCUCCGAACGAUUCCGACAAACAUCCGCGUGAAAUUAUGUCCCGCUCGGCGCAGAUCCACCCGGCAAGAUGAUGAUCGCACCGCGGAGAGGCUCGGACCGCGCGCCGGACCCGCUGGUCCUGCUGUCGGUCUGGCUGCUGCUGCUCGCCGCUUCUCCCCGCGGUUCGGCUCUCGCCAAGGAUACAGCCUUUGUGGAGGUGGUUCUGUUCGAGUCCAGUCCCAAUGGAGAUUACACGACUUACACGACCGGCUUGCAGGGACGGUUCUCCAGAGCUGGAGCCACUCUCAGCGCGGAGGGGGAGAUCGUACAAAUGCAUCCUUUGGGACUAUGCAAUAAUAAUGAUGAAGAGGACCUGUACGAGUACGGCUGGGUCGGAGUGGUGAAGCUGGAGCAACCAGAGCUGGACCCCAGCUGUCUGACAGUCCUGGGAAAGGCGAAGAGAGCGGUGCAGCGGGGAGCCACGGCCGUCAUCUUCGAUGUGUCGGAGAACCCAGAUGCCAUCGAUCAGCUCAAUCAGGUCGCUGAGGACCCCCUGAAGCGACCGGUGGUCUACGUGAAGGGCAACGAUGCCGUCAAGCUCAUGAACAUCGUCAACAAGCAGAAAGUGGCUCGCGCUCGCAUCCAGCACCGACCGCCCAGGCAGCCCACAGAAUAUUUCGACAUGGGCAUCUUCCUGGCUUUCUUUGUUGUUGUGUCGCUGGUGUGUCUAAUCCUGCUCAUCAAGAUCAAACUAAAGCAGAGGAGAAGCCAGAGCUCCAUGAACAGGAUGGCCAUCCAGGCGCUGGAGAAGAUGGAGACGAGGAAGUUCAAGGCUAAAGGGAAAGGGCCGAGCGAGAGCAGCUGCGGGGCGUCCGAGUCGCUGAGCAGCAGCUCCACCUCCGACUGCGCCAUCUGUCUGGAGAAGUACAUCGACGGCGAGGAGCUGCGGGUGAUCCCUUGUGCUCACAGAUUUCAUAAAAAGUGCGUCGACCCCUGGCUGCUCCAGCAUCACACCUGCCCCCACUGCAGACACAACAUCAUCGAGCAAAAGAAGGGAAACCCAGGACCGGCGUGUAUCGACCCAGGAUCCAUCCACGGCAGGCAGCGAGUGGUGCUUCCGGUCCAUUACCCAGGCAGGGUGCACCGAGCCGGCCAGAUGACCGCCUACCCGACCAGAACCAGCAUGGACCCCCACGGCAACCCCAUCACUGUUCUCACCGUGGACCAGCACCCAGACCCUCAGGGUCUCUACCCAUCCCAAUCAACGUCUGCCUUCCUGCGCAGCUACCACCCCACCCUCCACCUGGAGCACUCGCUGAAUCCCCACCACUGCCGACUGGAGCACCGCGGACCCCCCGCCUACCCCGCGCAGCCGCAUCACGCCGCUUUCAAGCGACCCAAGUUCCACGGCCGCAGCUUCUCCCGGGCGGCGUGUUUCUCGCAGUACGAGACCAUGUACCAGCACUACUACUUCCAGGGCCUGUCCUUCCCUCAGCCGCCCGAGGGGGGCCAGGGGCCCGCCCUGCCGGGGCAGCUCGGCGGGGGAGCCCACAAGGGCCACCACGGCAGAGCCUUUCAGCAAGGACUCCUGUACCCCACGGUGGUGCACAUGGCCCCUCCCACCUCCUCCAGGAUGGGCGAGAGCGGCAGCGCGUCGGGCGUGAGCUGCUACCACGGGCAGCGCUCGGUGUGCAGCGGUUACCUGGCCGACUGCCCCGGCAGCGACAGCAGCAGCAGCAGCUCCGGCCAGUGCCACUGCUCCUCCAGCGACUCCAUGUUGGACUGCACCGAGGUCAGCAACCAGGGGGUCUACGGGAGCUGCUCCACGUUCCGCAGCUCGUUGAGCAGUGACUACGACCCCUACGUGUACCGGAGUAAGAGUCCCUGCAGGGGCUCCGGCGGGGAGUCGGGGGCCGCAGCGUGCGCCACAGUUCCUGCUGAAGACUCGUCGAUCCCCGCCUCGUUGGGACACGACUGCCUGCAGCUUCCCUCGGGAGCUUUGGGGUACAACUCGGGGGACCACCACUCCAACUGCAGCUCGGAGCCCAACUACAGCGGUCGUUCGUCACUGGAGCCCAGGGAGAACAGCAGCACUACCUCAGCCGGGGCUCCCGAGGCCGCUGCAGCCGACAGGGGGAAGGGGGUCCCGGAGGAGUCGGUGGAACUCGGGGCGGCGGCGUGCGGCUGCUGCUUUGAGGUUGUUCCUCCCGGCGCCGAGUGCAGAGGGCAGGACUCGGACCGAGCCGGGCCCGUAGCCUCGGGGCGCUGUCAAAGAGGGGUGGACUUUCAGAGCUCCCCGUCGAAGAACUACUUUGUUCCGGAGCGCCUGUGCCCCACCUCCGAGCAGGUGGGCUACGAGGGGCUGCCGUGCUGCUUCUACAAAGAGAUGAAGGUCCACCGGGCCGCGGCGGGGCACUUCGCCGAGGACUACGCCGUCAACGUGCAGUACGCACACGCGGACUCGGACGCCUGCUGCGAACUCAACCACAGAAUACCCAUAAUUCCCGAGGACACGAACUGUGAACGGGGCUCGGGGGAAGAGACCCAGAGCCGCUUGUUGCCCGUCAGCUUCACGGUGGAUCAGAACUGCGGACAGGGCAGCAACAGAAGGACAGGUACUUCCCCUCAGGACAGCUGAGGGGUCCGGCGGAGGAGACCAGAGCUUUGUUCCACCCUCAGCUCCCUGCAAGCCCACCUGCACCGGGAAGCAGUACUUCACGAAGUGAGGGGGAUCUGGGCGUAUGAGUCUAGGACGAAGCGAUAAACGAUGUGGUACGGUGUCAGCCGGUUGUCGAAACCCCGCGUUGCCUUGUUCUCACCUUGAAUGUUAUCAUCUUAGAUUGUGUGGUUUUCUACUGAAAUGGCCUGAUUUUUUUUCUAGAUUAGCGACGUAUCGCGUUCAUUCCUGUGGCCGCAAAACGUCUCUAGACUCAGCUGCAGUUACGUCUAACAAUCUUUGUGUCUGGCCCGAAGGGUUGGUGUUCUAAGCCCCAAUUUCAAAUUUAUUACUUUUUUUCACGUGUGUGCAAGCUGUUGGAAAUUGAGUUUUCCUGUCAAAAGUAGAUUUUUUUUAUUCACACACGGUUGCAUAAAUAGAUUUAUAGAAACACUGACGGCCUAUAAAGCUUCAACCACCAACUAAAAAGGUUCAACGCAAAAAUUUGUUUGUGCCCUUUUUUUUGUUGUUGUUGUUAAAGACAAGAAAAUAGACGCUGCUUUUGAGUUUUGGGUCAAUAAAAAAAAU